CCCAGUUUGCUUUGGUCGGAGCCGGAAGCGGAGCGUCUGUUCGCGGACAGACAGCAACAGUUGUCACGAUGUCUGCGAUCAGAUGAGGCGGAGCGGCGGAGCAGCACUGCGGCGCCGCUGAGUCCGGGCCGCCGCGUUAACGGCCGCGCUGCGCAUCUGGUCGUCCAGCCGGAUCUGGGCUCGUUCGGCCGGUGCAGCCCGCGGCUCAGCUCAUCGGACGGCGGGCUGCUCAUGCUCCGCUCGGCGGGGAACCGGGCUGUUGCGUCUGCAGAGAGCUGACGAGCCUCCGACACACGGACAGACAGACAGACAGGCAGGGAGGGGGGCGACAGCUGCUCCGAGCCGAACCCCUCCGGAUCACCAGAACCCCCACCGAACCCGCUUUGGAUGGGGGGCAAGCAGAGCACGGCGGGCCGGCCCCGGGGAGCGUUUCCCGGCGUGUCCACGGAUGACAGCGCGGUGCCUCCGUCGGCCCACUUCGGCCACUACCGGCCCAGCGGCACCAUGGGCCUGCGGAGCCGCUCGGUGAGCUCCGUGGCCGGGAUGGGCAUCGAGCACAGCCCCGCCGUGCCCUUCGGCUUCUACACCCCCCGGGGGACGGACUCGGACCGAGCCGGAGGGGGGUCCGGGGGCACCACCGCGGCCCCCCACGGCACCGGCUACCAGGACCCGGGGGGCGGAGGCCACCACACGGACGGGGUUCUGUAUCUGGGGUCCCGGGGGUCGCUGGCUGACACUCUGCCCCUGCACAUAGCACCCCGCUGGUUCAGCGCGCACAGCGGAUUCAAGUGUCCUGUCUGCUCCAAGUCUGUGGCGUCCAAUGAGAUGGAGGUUCACUUCAUCAUGUGUCUCAGCAAACCCCGCCUCUCCUACAACGGUAAGAACUUUCUGCAGAAGCGGCAGAGAAACGAGCUGGUUCUGGUCCAUUGCAGACGGGUUCCCUUCGUGUUUGUUGGUCCUUUCAUGGCACUGUGUUGGUUCUGA